GCGCGGCGGCCGUGCGGACCGCGCUCCCAGGGCCGCGCGCCGCCCGGCGCCGGUGACGAUCCGAGCUGCCAUUGGCCGGGGCGCCGAGGGGGCGGGGCGCGCGCACGCGGUCGCGGCGGGGCUGUUGCGACAGAAGGAAAGCGCCAGCGGCCGCUCCCACCCGCGCCAUGCCCUCCGACCUGGCCAAGAAGAAGGCGGCCAAGAAGAAGGAGGCGGCCAAGGCCCGGCAGCGGCCGCGCCGGGUCCCGGACGAGAACGGUGAUGCCGGGACGGAGCCGCAGGAAGUCCGGCCCCCGGAGGCCAACGGGACAGUGCUGCCAGAGGUGGAUGCUCUUACAAAGGAGCUGGAGGACUUUGAAUUAAAGAAAGCUGCUGCCCGAGCUGUGACAGGAGUGCUGGCCUCCCACCCCAACAGCACUGAUGUGCAUAUCAUCAACCUCUCACUGACCUUUCAUGGCCAGGAGCUGCUGAGUGACACCAAACUGGAGCUGAACUCUGGGAGACGCUAUGGCCUGAUUGGACUCAAUGGGAUUGGGAAGUCCAUGCUUUUGUCAGCUAUUGGGAAGCGAGAAGUGCCCAUCCCAGAGCACAUUGACAUCUAUCACCUGACCCGAGAGAUGCCUCCCAGUGACAAGACCCCUCUGCAGUGUGUGAUGGAGGUGGACACCGAGAGGGCCAUGCUGGAGCGAGAAGCGGAACGUUUAGCUCAUGAAGACGCGGAAUGUGAGAAACUCUUGGAGUUAUAUGAACGCCUGGAGGAGCUGGAUGCUGAUAAGGCAGAAGCACGGGCCUCACGUAUCCUUCAUGGCUUGGGGUUCACACCAGCCAUGCAGAGGAAGAAGCUGAAGGACUUUAGUGGUGGCUGGAGAAUGAGGGUGGCUCUUGCCAGAGCGCUCUUCAUUCGGCCUUUCAUGCUGCUGCUCGAUGAACCCACAAACCACCUUGACCUGGAUGCCUGUGUGUGGUUGGAGGAAGAGUUGAAAACGUUCAAGCGGAUCCUUGUGCUGAUCUCCCACUCCCAGGACUUCCUGAAUGGCGUCUGCACCAACAUCAUCCACAUGCACAACCGCAAACUGAAGUACUACACAGGAAAUUAUGAUCAGUAUGUAAAGACUCGCUUAGAACUAGAAGAAAAUCAAAUGAAGCGAUUCCACUGGGAGCAAGAUCAGAUCGCUCAUAUGAAGAAUUACAUUGCACGAUUUGGCCAUGGUAGUGCAAAGCUGGCCAGGCAAGCUCAGAGCAAGGAGAAGACCCUUCAAAAAAUGAUGGCUUCUGGCUUGACAGAGAGAGUUGUGAAUGAUAAGACUUUAUCAUUCUACUUUCCACCCUGUGGGAAAAUUCCCCCUCCUGUCAUCAUGGUGCAGAAUGUCAGCUUCAGAUACACCAAGGAUGGGCCAUGGAUCUAUAAUAACCUGGAGUUUGGGAUUGACCUGGAUACUCGUGUAGCUCUUGUUGGACCCAAUGGAGCUGGAAAGUCAACACUGCUGAAGCUGCUCACAGGAGAGCUGCUGCCCACAGAUGGGAUGAUUCGCAAGCACUCACAUGUGAAGAUUGGUAGAUACCACCAGCACUUGCAAGAGCAGUUGGACUUAGACCUCUCACCUCUGGAGUACAUGCUGAAAUGCUACCCAGAGAUCAAGGAGAAAGAGGAGAUGAGGAAAAUCAUUGGCAGAUAUGGUCUGACGGGGAAGCAGCAGGUGAGCCCCAUCAGGAACCUCUCUGAUGGGCAGAAGUGCCGUGUAUGCUUUGCCUGGCUGGCCUGGCAGAACCCUCACAUGCUCUUCCUGGACGAGCCCACCAACCACCUGGACAUAGAAACCAUAGAUGCACUGGCAGAUGCUAUCAAUGAGUUUGAAGGAGGAAUGAUGCUUGUCAGCCAUGACUUCAGACUCAUCCAACAGGUCGCACAGGAGAUCUGGGUCUGUGAGAAGCAGACCAUCACCAAGUGGCAGGGGGACAUUCUUGCCUACAAGGAGCAUCUCAAGUCGAAGCUGGUGGACGAGGACCCGCAGCUCCCCAGACGGACCCACAAUGUGUGAGCCCAGGCCGAGUCCUGACUCGCCUGCCCGGCAGGGCACACUGCUGCUCCUGCCCUGUGUUCUAGGAUUGCUGCAAUGCUGCUUCCCCUCCACUUGCCUUGCACCUCUUUGUCUGGACAGAGCUGUUCUCUCCUGAUCUGGCUGCGUUUGGGCAGCUGUUUCCUUAUUUAGACGUGUCCCAUCUGAGCCAGGCCUUGGAAUCUUGCUUGGGGUCACAGCAGUGGCUGUCGGGGUGUCCAAGCUGCAGUGAUACACAAGUGGAGACCCCAGCCCAGCUUCUCCUGCCUUUUCCUUCCCAAUUUCUGCUUCAGUUUAGAUACUUCAAACUCCUCUGGCCUUGGUUUGUUUUUAACUAUUAUUUAACAGUGUAAUUAACAGAUCUGCCCGAGAAUCCAUGAGUCAAUAAAGAGAGAAAAACAA